GCUUUUUUUCAUUCCAAAUGUCUCGAAGCGACGUCGUUUACGAGUUAACAGCCAUUUGACACUAGGUUAACAUUUUCCACAGUUUCAUUCCCAUUUUGGUUCCCAUUCAUUGUUGCUCCUUUUGAUUGUGAAGAACGGAACUCGCGUGCCGCAACUGCAUCUUCAAAAAUUUAUCUGAGUCUUGAUCAAGCAUCCACAAGUUUCUUCAAUUUCAGCGUUAUUACAUUUAUAAUUAACACUGGCAAUUUUGACAUCAAGAUCACAAAGAUUCAUCCAAUUAUGAUUGAUAAGAGUUGGAUUGACAACCCGAUUGAAUCAAAUGAGUUCAAAAAUGGGGUAGUCCAGUUUUUGGACUUUGCCUUUUCAAAUGCAGCUAUCAAAGGACAAGAGAUCACAAUACUUAUCUGAAGAUCAAGAUCAUGCUGUCAGUUUAGGUGUUCUGUCAAAGGUAUUAACUUAUCGUGAUGGUACAGUUGGACAUGUAUGUAAAGUUGAGGUUUCAGAUCAAGUAGGUAUUGGUGAAAAGUUCAUCUCUAAUCAAAAGGAUCUUGAUGACACUAACUUUUGGGAUGCUGCCUUCCACUAACAGUUUUGAUAACUCUUGUCAAAAGAAUUUUGAAGACUUGAAAAAUCAUGCAGAAACUUUGGAAGAAAAACUAAUUGGAUAUGAAGAAACUAUGGAGCAACUUGCACAAAUUCAUCCAAUUAUGAUUGAUAAGAGUUGGAUUGACAAGCCAAUUGAAUCAAAUGAGUUCAAAAAUGGGGUAGUCCAGUUUUUGGACUUUGCCUUUUCAAAUGCAGCUAUCAAAGGUCGUAUUUUAUGUCCUUGUAUUCAAUGUAGUUUUCAUAGUUUGGGCAACAGAGCCGAAGUGAGUAAUCAUCUCCUUCAAAAGGGCUUUCCUAGCAAUUAUACAUCAUGGUACAUGCAUGGGGAAAAGCCUGUUCAAGCCAAUGUUAAAUCAGAGCUACAAUUGAAACGACCUAGAUGUCAAUGGGAGGCUAUUUUGUCAACUUCCCCUAAGAAGGAUGGAAAGUAUAUGAAUGAAGAAGGAAUAGAUAUUGCUGUUAAGAGAUCACAAUACUUAUCUGAAGAUCAAGAUCAUGCUGUCAGUUUAGGUGUUCUGUCGAAGGUAUUAGCUCAUUCUGAUGGGACAGUCAGAGAUGUAUGUAAACUUGAAGUUUUAGAUCAAGUGUGUGUUGGUGAAAAAGAUAUCUCUAAUCUAAAGGAUCUUGAUGACACCAACACUUUUGGAAUGUAUUCACCUUCAACUGAUAGUUUUGAUAACUCUUGUCAAAAGAAUUUUGAGGACUUGAAAAUUUAUGCAGAAACUUUGGAAGAAAAACUAAUUGGUUAUGAAGAAACUAAGCAGCAACUUGCACAAGUACAAAACCAAUUGACAAUUGUUCAGAAAUUUUUACAACAUAAAUUUGGCGAGGAGUGGCAUUCUUUUCACCAAGGCAUUCCUCCAUUUUAAUGAUUAAAUUUAGUUAUGCAUGAAUUGAUGUUAACAUUUUGCACUUGUUAUGUCAUUUUAUGAUACCACACUAGUUUUAUAAAGUGUUUCUUUUAUACUUAUCUAAUGGUUAAUUUAAUGCAACUA